CACUUUUUCUAGCGGAGGAAUUCGACAAGGGGGAUGGGCACAUGGGUACGAGUAGUGCAGGUUCCUGUGAAGCAACCCGUACUCGCACAGUUACGUUGACGUACUACUGCAACAAAAAUUGGUUGCUCCAAUCACAUGUACGGUACAAURAUAACAACAAACCAACAUAAUACAGGAGGAGAAUAGGCAUGGCAAAAACACCAAGAAGUAAACGAAGAGCACUAUGGAGACAAUAUUGGAGGCACGUCUUGACAGGGGCGGUCGUUGUCUUGUUUUUGGCACUCCAAGCCUUUCUCUUUCACGUGCACACGUCGACGACAAUGCUCAUAACUUCGACCCAAAGCAACGGCCGUGUUAUGCCGUUACAGCCGCACAUAACCUCGACCAGUACCAGUACUUCGACCCAUGACAAAAGAGGUCGCAAGGGCUAUGGAAGGGUUCAAUGGCCCACGCCCAUGGGUUCUGGGAAAAUCAAUCGCUCCGAGGGCCCUGGAAGUGCUCAAUGGUCCAAGCCCAUGCUGCUGGUGGGUGGGUCCGAUGGAAGUGGGACRCGCGCCUUCGUGCAGACGCUUCGAGAAUUGGGAACCACCAUUAUUUCGGAGGACAAGUAUUCUUUCGAUGUCCACGCYAACGAAAUCGGUGGCUGGCCAGAGCUGAUCGAAGAAAUUUACAUACCGUUUGGCCGCGACGGAUUUUUCAGUUCGAAUCCGUCCGGUUCUUCUUUGUCUUCCAAUGGCAAUGGUUCUCGUACUCUUUCGACAGCGACAGGGUCGGGGAUGGAAUCGGACGCCGGCAGAAGUUUGUUGGUUGAUAACUAYGACUGGCCACCAAAGGAAUAUAAAAACAGAAGAMUCCAAGAACGAGUUGAAAACAAAAUACAGAAGCUACUGAAUUCUUGGAACUUUAAAUUCUAUCGGCUUCAGCGUGUGAAUUCAAACAAAGCAGCAACACGUGGCAACAAAGGCCCCGGGCGGGGGCGUCCUGACCAUCGCGGUGGCUCCGCAACAGUGUUUCCGAACGCGGUGGCAAACGGGGUGCGUUUCGCUGUCAAGGCCCCCGUAUCGAUGCUGGCCUUGCCGGCCUUUGCUGCGCGCUAUUUUUCCCACGAGGUCGACGAGCAGGUAAUUGGCUYACCAUCACCUCCACCGCUCAAGUUUUUGCACGUUAUUCGUGAUGGCCGAGACGUUGCUUUGAGCGACAAUCAAAGCCCCGUCAUCAAAUUCUACAAUCUGACAUAUCCAAAACAACUUCGGGAGGCAGAGCCGCAUCGGUCUCGUUUUUCGGCUCCUCCUCUGGUGCCGCCAACGAAACAGAACGAACAAAUGUUUGCAAAGGCAAUGCAAUUGUGGAACGAUUGGAAUGUCGCUGUGUAUCGUUGGGCGACCAAUGGCCACAGAAACAGAAACGACGCAAUGGGAUUGCAUCAAGGCAACGAUCAUUUGCCAUUAGUAGAGUAUCUGUGGGUGCGCUCCGAGGAUUUACUGGUAUCUGGAAGCCAGGAACGAUUGGAUGCAUUGACAGCGAUGGCAAAAUUUGUAGGAUCAACUUUAACACCCGAAGAGUUGUGCUGUUUGACAAUGCAACAAAACAAAGACCAUGGCGCGAGCAACAAAUGGGAAUCUGCAUCCAGCCGAAGAGACCUCCGUCGCGGCAGAGGAGGUUAUAGGGGACCAUUAAAAUCCAUAUACGCAGAGAACCCCAAACCCCAACCCCAACUGCUCCAUAAUAAAAGUAAGGAAGGUGGGUUGGAAAAACGGUAUGGGAAAUGGCAGAAAAUUUUGGCCAAUAACUCUCAGCUAUACAAUUUUUUUCAUAAAGAAGGUGCAGAAGGAUUGCAACUCUUUGGAUAUCACCCAUACCGCCAAAUGUAUCGCACAUCGCAAAAUGCUACAAUUGAUGAACAAGAAAAACACGAUGGUCGCAGCACUGAUGAAUCGUCAAAGAAGGUUAAUGCAAAGAAGGAACGUGAAAAACGUCGCUUCGGUGACGAAGAAAGUAUGGACACCCCUAUAUGCAGUGUAUCCAUCAACUGUACUCUAAAGAAGUGAUUUGACGCAAAUUGUUAGCACUUGUGUGUAAUGAUUCCAUGUUCUUAUGUAAUCUCUAAAAAGGAUUUAGUCCAGCGGAUGAUUUCAAACUGUUAAGUCGUGUAGGCAAGAUAGCUCUAAUGCACUGCUUCAGAUCUUGGAUGAAGAUCAAGAGAAUCAGCCUGAAUCAGCCUAUGGCUGACCUUUUCAAUCCAAGUCCCAAUUACCAACGUUACUUGAAGAAAACGACAAGCUAUUGGUAGGAUAAAAUGCAAGAAGCGCCACUCACAAAGAAUUUACUUGUUGCYAACAGAAAGGAUCAUCAAGAGUUUGGUUCCUGCCAUGAAAAAGUGUCUGUUUUAUUGAAAAUUAUUCAAGGCAAAAAUCGCGACUAAAAUGAAAAAUCAAAAAAGCCAAAUGAAAAAUAAAAAAAAUCCAAAAGAAAAAAAUCUAGAAGGAAAAAUCAAUAGCAGCAAACAAACUUGGUCUUGGUGUAGUUGGUACCCUUAUAGGUGAUGGUCGUAGUAUGGAGAUUUUGGGGGGGUACUAGAAGGAUCAAUGGGUGCAGUAAGCAUACUUACACAAAUUCUAAUUUAUAACUUUCAGAACCAAAGUGUAAUUUUGUCUGUUGGAAAAUACAUAUAUUUUGAAAAAWUUCUUGGUUUGAAAAUUAAGAAAUUAUAUCUCUGAUA